GAGAACUCUUUAAUAUAAGGAGAUAAAAAUGUAAAGAAGCGGAAACCUUCAAAUUGCACUCAUCGAAAUAUGUAAACAAACAUAAAUGGACAGUGAGCGGUUUUCCACAGUCUUGGAUACUUCCAAUCCAUGGAGCUGUGUUGACAGUUCACUUGUUCCACUCAGAAAUGCGUUAAUUUUAGGAGAACGAACUGGACACAUCAGUAAGCGAAGUGAUUAUGAUGUUGAAAAGCUUCAUGAUGAAGUGCAAGAAAAGAUGCCAUCAUGUCGUCUCAUCAAGUUACUUAGGAGGACUACAACAGAAAGGAAGGAAAUAAACAAGGUUCAUCUGGAAAUCCAACAGCGAAUGCAGGACAAGGAAACACAGGAUAUAACUCAUUUCAGUAGCUUAGAGGACAAGAUAAAAGUGAUCAAAGGCCUGAACUCGCACAUUGAGUCCAUCAUCGAGUGUAAAUCACAGCUGUUGGUGAGACUGCAGCAGCCAUUUGUUGGUGACUUCAUCAAACUAGAAGCCCAGUAUCACAAAUUUGCGGCAGCACUGUUCCCCCAGAUAGCUCCUCUGUUGGCAGACCUCAACACACAUCUAGAGAACAUCUCUUGGACCAAGAACCUUACAUUUUCUGAUGGGAAAUUGGAGAUAAUGUUGUCCGAGCUGAACAGCAUCCUGGCCACGCUGCAGACCAACUUCCAGUCCCUGUGUCAGAUGAGGGGCAGCAUGGGGUCUCUGUACCAGCAUGACUCCCAAACAGUACCACAUUAAUUCAGUAUGACUACCAGGCAGUGCAGCAUUUAUUCAGCAUGACUCCUAAACAUGGCAGCAGUAAUUCAGCAUAACUCUCAGACAGUGCAGCUAUAACUCAGCUGGAUUUGCAGAUAGUUCAUCAGAAAUUGAGCGUGAUUAAGUCCUCACCUUGUGGAUACUGUGUCUAAAUACUGAAUGUAGGGACUGGUAAUCAGGAGAACAUUUCUUUUUAAUGGAAGCAGCAUUAGAUAUAGAUAUAGAUUUCAUUAUAAAGGAGCAGAAUUUCGUCAUAGACAGGAGGGAGUAAUGAUCCUGUAUAGAGGAGUAUAAGUUCAGUUAAGCAGAGCAGCAUUUUAUGAAAAAGGAGGUGCAUUUUCAUUUAAAUAUCAGUUACAGGAUAACAUAUUUGUUAAUAUACUAAAUCUCCUCAAUCUCUGCACUUUUCCUCUUGUACAAUAUGUAUAUAUACAUGUAUAGGCAUUGAUCCUACUAUGCAAGCAUGAAUAUUUUAUAUUACAUAAUGGAGUGUAUGUUGAUGUUCAAAUAAACUGUUUCAAUGUAA